AUGUCAUUUCUCAGAACUUCCCUCUUUUUCAUACUCUUACUCCCCUCAAUUGCUCCACUCUGUUCUUCAGCUAUCACUCUGAAGCAGCAAAACGCAACUUCUCCUUGCCCUUUCAACUUCAACCCAAUCAAAACCCUGAUCGCGGAAAUAAAUCCCACCAACAGAACGACUCAAUGCCGAGUCCUCUCCAACGGAAUCCUCCUCCUGCGCUCCCGAUUCCUCCGCUCCACCGGCAAAUUCCUCCCACCGCCUGCCGUCAUCCAAGCCUGCCGGCGAUCUUACCAGAACUGGAUCGGGAAAACCCAUUUCCGCGGCUUGAAUAUCGAAUCGGAUUGCGGGCGGGAUAUGGAGGCGGCUUUCGGGUCGUGCGGAAACAUCACGACCCGGAUCCAGUUUGAAACCCGGUUCCCAAAGUCGGAGCUCCGGGAAUUGGAAUCCUUUUGCAACGAUUCACUGGAGAAUCGGUUCCCCUGCCGCGGCUGCGCCCACAAAUUCACCACUCUUGCUGAAUUGCACUUCCCUCCUGGUGGCCAUUGUGCGAGGAAUUACAUGCUGAUGUAUGUCUCGGCUUUCCUGACGAAUCACGGCCCGGGUCACGCCUCGACGGUCAAGUGCUUCUUCAGGUUGAGGCAGAGCAACCCUGUCGCGGCGGCGAUCCCAUCUCAGAAUAGUCGAGGAAGACGACGUUGGAUGGUCGCUUUUGCGAUUUUCGGCUAUGUCUUAGGUGCAUUGGCCGUGGUGAUGAUGGCGGUGUCGGUGACAUGGGUGGUUCGCAGGAAAUGUAGAUGCAGUGAAGUGAAGAGUACUGUUGUGAGAGUUGUUGAUGAGCAGAAUGAGAGCUGCGAGACGAGCAUCGAUCUGGGAUCUGAGUCGCGAAGGCGCAACAUUACGAAGUUCAGUCUAAGUGAAAUUAGGGAGGCGACGAUGAAUUUCUCUAGGGAGAACAUAAUCGGUCAAGGAUGCUAUGGAAAUGUGUACCGAGGAACGUUGCAGGAUGGCACUGGAGUUGCGGUCAAGAGGUUUAAGAAUAGUUCGAGGUCAUCCUUCGGGGAUGAGACUUUUGCCCACGAGGUUGAGAUAAUUGCAAGUGUCAAGCACGUAAAUCUCCUUGCUCUGAGAGGGUACUGUGUGACAAGGGCCGGCCAGAAAAGUAAGCAGAGAAUCAUCGUCAGCGACUUGAUGCGGAAUGGGAGCGUACAUGAUCAUCUCUUCCUUCCCGGGGGAGAAAAAUGUUUGCUUCCCUGGCCAAUUCGCCUCAAAAUAGCAUUGGGAACGGCUCGCGGAUUGGCCUACUUACACUACGGGGUCCAUCCAGCAAUCAUCCACCGCGACAUCAAGGCUAGCAACAUUCUACUGGACGAGUUGUUCGAGCCCAAGCUGGCCGAUUUCGGGCUGGCAAGGUUCGACGACUCGCAAGGGAGGACGCAUUUGAGCACGGGGGCGGCUGGAACGCUAGGCUACGUGGCCCCGGAAUACGCCCUGUAUGGAAGACUGACCGAGAAGAGCGAUGUGUACAGCUUCGGUGUUGUGUUGCUCGAGCUGUUGAGCGGGCACAAGGCUUACGAGCUAGUUGAUGACGACGAUGAGGAGGCAGGGGAAGUGAGGCUGUUGGGGGAGUGGGCUUGGAGAUUGGUACAACAACAAGAGGGGGAUGCGAUUGAAGUUGUCGAGAAGGGCUUGUCGGGAUCUUGGCCUGGUCCGAUGAUGGAGAGGUUUGUUCACCUUGCUGUGAUCUGCGCACAUCCUGUGGAGCAGGCGAGGCCAACAAUGGAGCAAGUGGUGAAGAUUUUGGAGAAGUUCUGUGAUGGUGAAGAGUACGACUUGGCUUGUACUCAUGCAGCUGAGAGCAGCAGUGAUUCAUACACAAGGUGUGAUGAGAUUAGUUCAGAUAGGGACCCCAAAUGA